GUAGGGAUCAAAGUGCAACAAACAAUAAAGAUUGGGGACCUCCGUCUGAACCAAGUUCACCAUAUCAAUUCUCCUCUGUCACUUUGUACAGUUAUAAGAGCCAUGAAAUUUGCCUAAACUCUCAUUCAUAUUCUCUUCAUUUUCUAUGCUUUUUCUGUCUCUCUCUCAGAGCAUUAUCCUUUGAGACAUCCUUCUAAGGCAAACUCGAGGUUGGUGUUGAGCUUAUGCUACUUGUUACACAUUUCAACAUAUAUGUCUUCGAGUAAUACGCCACCAACCUCAGACGUAAACGAUGGAGCAAGAGCUGGAGCUAUUGUUUUGGGCUUAGUUAUAUUUUUAGUGAUUGGGUUAAUCUCUUGCUACUGCGCUAAGAAAAUGAGGAAGGCAAUAGUAUCAGAACUAAGAGCUGCAGUUGCUCCCCCAACACAACCACCAUUAAAUGUAAUCCAAGUUUGGGAGGUUGAUGCCCCAACAAUGGAGAAAUUUCUUCGUGACCUAGCACAGGAGAAACCGGUGAGGUUCACCGCACAACAGCUCUGUUCUUUCACGAGUAAUUAUACUACGAUGUUGGGUUGUGGAGGUUUUGGGAAAGUCUACAAGGGAGAGUUCCCGAAUGGAAAUAAGAUUGCGGUAAAAGUUCUCAACCGGAGUGCAGAUAGGAGUGCGGAGGAGCAGUUUAUGGCCGAGGUUGGGACGAUAGGGAAAACUCAUCACAUAAAUCUAGUGAGAUUAUACGGCUUUUGUUAUGAUCCGUAUAUGAGUGCUCUUGUGUACGAAUACAUGGAAAAUGGAUCUCUAGACAAGUACUUGUUUAGUAAAGACAAAGAAAUUGAAUGGGAAAGGCUGCAUGAAAUUGCAGUUGGAACGGCUAAGGGUCUUGCAUACUUGCACGAGGAAUGUCAGCAGAGGAUAAUACAUUAUGAUAUAAAGCCAGGAAACGUGCUCCUUGACGCAAACUUUUCUCCCAAGGUUGCGGAUUUUGGGUUAGCGAAGCUUAGCAACAGAGAUGCUACACACAUUACAGUCACGGGAUACAGGGGCACUCCGGGGUAUGUAGCCCCGGAAUUCAUGCUGAAGAAUUUCCCUAUAACGUAUAAGUGCGACGUUUAUAGCUUUGGUAUUUUACUAUUCGAGAUAGUUGGUAGAAGGAAAAAUACAAUAGUCGGAAGUACUGAUAGUCUUGAUUGGUUUCCGAAAAAGGUUUGGGAGGAAUACGAGAAAGGAGAGCUCACGGCACUAACAGAAGCUUAUGGAAUCGAGGAGAAAGAUCGAGCCAUGGCCGAGAAAAUGUCUAUGGUAGCCCUGUGGUGUGUUCAAGAUUCACCAGAGGAUAGGCCACCUAUGAGUGCUGUGGUGAAAAUGUUGGAGGGAGGGGUCGAAAUUAUGCCACCGCCUAAACCAUUCCAUUAUUUGUUUUCAGUCGGGGUGCACGUGCUACCAAACAAUAGCGGGAGUGAUUCAACAUAUUCAACUAGUGGAACGAAUUCUCAUUGGUACAAGGAAACUACUCCAAUAAUGGAAAAGUAUGAGAUACAAAUGGCGAGUGCGUGAAGAAGAAAUUGGUGUAGAGUAUUUUAUGUUGGUUGCAAAGAAAAUUUGGUAGGUUUCAUGUACCAAAAUAAGAAAACAAAGAAAGAAAUAAAAGGAUUCAAGAUAUCUUAUCAUAGUAAAUCUGUUAUGCUGUAAUUAUUUGGAAGAUUAGCUUCAAAAUCGCAAGAUUGAUGUAAAAUUAUUGCAAUAUAUCACUCAGCCCCACCCCCUAUACAUGAGUA